AUGCCCCUGAGGUUAUGGUCUCUCUUGAAGCAGUCCUUCGUGUCAUUUCAGAUUUUCUCUGACCUCCAUCUCGAGGUUGGUCAGCAGUAUGCGUCUUAUGAGAUUCCCGUUUGUGCAGACUACCUGGUCCUUGCGGACAAGGCUAGACAACUCGAACAAGAACCCUCCCUAAAUAGACGAUUGAUUGUCUUUCACCAGAAGCGAUUCGAUGUCCCAGGGUGUGAUAUCACUAUACUUGGCUGUACACUCUGGUCGAAAGUGCCAUCUGAGUUGACGGACAUUGUCCAGUCCAAAGUCAAGGACUUCCAGAAGAUCGAGGGCUGGUCGAUCAAUGGCCAUAACGCAAGCCAUGAGUCAUAUCUCGCUUGGUUAUUGAAAGACAUGCAGACGCGGAGGGAGAAACAAUCUGUCCUGGUCGUGACUCACCACGCUCCUUCACUCCAGAGAACGUCGAGUCCGCAACACGCUAAGAACCCUUGGAGUGUUGCUUUUGGCACUGAUGUCUUAUCACAAUUCGCAGAUGGCGUGAAGGAGAGCGGUGUGCGAGUUGUGAGCAAUCAGCGCGGAUAUGUGCUGCCUUGGAGCAAUUCAGAGGCAAAAGAUAGGUUCGACGUUAGAAAGGUUAUACAUGUACCGUGAACGUUCAAGUGCAUUCCAUUUGUCAGUCUUCAGACUACACUAACAGUUAUGUUAGCGAAGUCCUGCCAGGGCAUUCUUUAUUUAUGUAU